AUGAGCUCUACCGGGAAGUCUGUAUUUGUGCCGACGCAGGUACGAGAUGCUUGGUUUCAAAAGCUACGGUCAUCCGUGGCAAACAAAGGAUGUUUUGACUGCAACAAGCGUCAUCCGACGUGGGCUACGGUCACAUACGGUGUCUUUAUCUGUCUGGACUGUUCGGGUUACCACCGUCGACUAGGCGUUCACCUGUCGUUCGUACGCUCUAUUGAUAUGGACGAAUGGACCGAGGAUCAACUUAAAGCCAUGUCCGAGGGCGGCAACGCAGAAGCUCGUAAAUUCUUUAAACAAUACGGUGCAGCCGAGAUGACAAGUAUUGAAGCCAAAUAUAACUCUAAAGCAGCACAAAUGUACAAGAUGGCACUAAUGAAGAAGGUCAAGGCAUCAAAGUUGCAGUUUGUUGCUCCGGAAGUGGAAGAGGAGAUUCGAGAGAAUGAGAUUGAUGGUCUUGAGGCGCUGGUGAAACAUGUGGAGAUUAAGAGUGACAUCGGUACGACGACAGCUGUCAAUGGACAUUUGAAGCGCGAAGUACCUGCUGCUGUUGCUAUGAAGAAGCCGUCAUCGGCUACACCUUCGCCACUGCAGGCGGGUUUACUGAGUGUCAACCGUCCCGUUGUACUGCUGGGAGCGAAGGCUGGUGAGGCAACAGCAUCUGCUACUACUGUCAGUACUGGACGAUUGAACACGCGCAGCAAGGCUACUCGUCUUGGAGCCACAAAGCUGUCGACAGGAGGCAAGGCGACCCGUUUGGGAACUAGUAAACUGUCGAAGGGUGCAGACGACUUUGAUUUCGACGACAUUCCAUUUGAGAACCCGCCUCCACCUCCUCCUUCUGCUGAAGAGUUAUCAGCUGUGAAACAGAUUAAUGAUGACGAAGCACUUGCACGAGCAUUGCAGGAGGCUGAGACUGAGCGCAUUGCAACCAAAGCCGUUUCUACGUCGGCAACGUAUCAGUCCGAUUCAAGUCAACAUCAGAAUCUCGACAAGUACAAGAAUGCCAAGUCCAUAUCAUCUGACAACUUCUUUGGCAGUGAGGUGGUACAAGCAGAUAGCUCGCAGCUGUUACGAUUUCAGGGUUCGCAGUCGAUCUCGAGUGACGCGUUUUAUGGCAACAAUACCAGAGGUCGCUCUACUUCUGGAGAGAUGACUGAUGAGGCCGCUUAUCAAUUACAGCUGAUGAAGGACAGUGUGGCCAAUAAGGCGACCAAGCUAAAGAACAUGACGAGCGGGUUUUUCAACGACCUGCAAUCGCGCUAUUCGUAG